GAAAAUGAAUAAAAAAAUUUUUACUUUCUUAUUAUCGUUAUUCUUAUUAAAUCUUAUCUUACAUAUCAAUGUUAUUAUAGCGACACGAAAUUAUAUUCCUACAAAUUUAGAUAUAAAUCUCUCACCUAAAAAUAUUUUGGUAGGCUCUUAUACUGGUGGGAGAAGUCAUCUUAAACCAAUGUUAGAUAUUGCUGCUGUAUUAAUUGAAAGAGGUCACAAUGUAAUAAUGUUAUCAUCAGGAAAUUAUACGCCAGCGUCAGAAUAUCCAACCAUUAAACAGAUUUCAUUGGGACCCCCAUUGACCGUUAAAAAUACAGGAGAUUCUGCACGACUUAUACAAGCAGAAUUUGAUUAUAUAUUGAUAUCAAAAAUAUUUGAAUCAACCGUAAAAUCAUACAAGAGCACAUUCGAAAUAUAUAAAGAUACUGCAAUUGAUAAUAAUAUUGAUUUAUUUAUUUGUUAUACUAUGUUUAAUGAUGCUUGUUUAGAUGUCGCUCAUUCUUUAAAGAAGCCUGUUGUUGGAUUCAUGUCUUUUCUUUAUGUAACAGACGCUCAAACGUAUAAAUCUGAUCCAAUGUUCCAUUGUAAUAUUUCAUUGGAAAAUGAAUCAUUUUUGGAAAGAUUUAAGUGUACAAUAAUACGACCUCUUCAUAUUAUUAGUUUAUUAUAUACUCCUUUAAAUCAAAUAAAUGAUUUAAGAAAUCAAAUGAGUAUUGAACCCGUUUAUAUGUCUUUUAGAAGAUUACUUCGAACUUCUCUAGUUUUUAUUGAUACUUUCUUUGGUCUUGAGUUACCGCAAACUUUACCAUCAAAUGUUCAGGAAAUUGGACCAAUAAUAUCAAAAGAUUAUCCUCCACUUACACCUGAACUCUCGAAUUUUAUAAAUGGACAUGAUCGAGUUUUAUAUAUAGCUUUUGGUGGUCGUUUCUUCACAACCACUGAGAAUAAUAACAAAAUUUUACAAUCCAUUAUUGAAAUCGUUAAUAAGAAUAUGAUUGAUGGUGUAAUUUGGUCAUUAGUUAUGACAUCAAAGAAUGAUUUCUCUCCUACAUUAAAUUUAACUAAUGGUUUGCAAGUUCAAACAUCUUCAAUUCUAAAUAACGAACAUCCAAAUAUACGUAUUACAAAUUUUGUACCACAAUUUGCUGUACUUAAUCAUACCAAUACGAAAUUAUUUUUUAGUCAUGGAGGUGCAGGAAGUAUUCAUGAAUCCCUUUUUACUGGUACACCCAUGUUAGUAUUACCUAUUGGUGGUGAUCAGAUGGGUAAUGCUCAAAAAUUGAAAUCAGCUGGUGUAGCAUUAACAUUAAAUAAAUUUAAUUUGGAAGUUAAUGAUAUUAUAACCAAGAUAAAUUUCUUAUUAAAUGAUAAUGAUAUAAAGAAAAAUGUAGGGAGAAUGAAAGUUUUGGCCAAAAUUAAUAGUAAAAGAAAAUAUAGGGCUGCAGAUUUAAUUGAAUAUAUUUUACAUCGAGGUUCUUUUAAUCAAGAAUUAAAUGAAUUGAUUCCUGCCGAUAAAAGAAUGGGAUUUAUAAGAGGAAAUAAUUAUGAUGUUUAUGUAACUUUAUUAUGUAUCAUUCUUGGAUUUAAUGGAAUUAUUUUAUGGAUUACAUUUAAAUUAAUUAAGUUAUUUAUGAGAAUAAUUUUUCCUUAUUCUAAUCAAAAACCGAAAAGAGAAUAAUUUUUAAAAAAAAUUUUCUUAUAAAAU